AUGAAUGAAAUUAUAACGGCCGAUGGUUAUCCAAAACUUGUGUACGUUUUUAAUGAUUCUCUACCGGGUCCUGUUUUACAUGUGUAUCAGAAUCAAACUGUACGCAUACGUAUUCACAAUGAUUUUCCAACAGAAUCACUUAGCGUUCAUUUUCACGGUAUUCGACAAGUGAAUACACCAGAGAGUGAUGGAGUUGGACGAAUCACUCAGCUAUCUAUCUUACCGGGUUCCAGUUUCCAACACGAGUUUGUUGCACUGGAUACUGGUACUUUCUGGUAUCAUUCACAUGUUCAAUCUCAAAUAGCUAUGGGGCUAUUAGGUGGUUUUGUUGUGCAUCCGCGAGAAGUGAUCACUCAAGAAGAAAAGGGUGAAUUCGUAUUGGUUCUCACUGAUUGGCAACACUUUUACACCACUGAACAACAUCAUUUGCUCAUCGAGAGCGGUCAAUUCUAUCUAAAUAGUUUGGAAUCGUUGAAAACAUCGGGUACAAUUGAUUUUUAUGAAGCUGUUGAUGGAUCACGAGCAGCUGAAGCAUUAGUCACUUCAAUUCUUAUUAAUGGACGUGGUCAAUAUUUUGAUCCGCAUGCAGAAAAUGACAGAUCAAGUACAACGCCAUUAGAGUAUCUAAGAGUAGAUUCGGCAUCCAACAACGCUGUUUACCGUCUACGUCUGAUCAAUGGUGGUAGUGUAUUUUCAAUGAAAUUCUCUAUUGAUGAUCAUCCAUUGAAAGUAAUCGCGUCGGAUGGCAUACCAUUUGCAGAACCGAUGGUAGUCGAUCAAUUAGUUAUUGGUCUUGGAGAAAGAUACGAUGUUUUAAUUACAGUUGCAAAAAAGAGAGCAAUCAAUUACUGGAUUCGAGUCGAUACAAUGGAUAAAAACAACAAUCCACGAUGGCACGCUCGAGCAAUCUUACAGUAUACGACUGAUACGAUCAUGCCAACAUCACAACCACGAAAAUGUACUACGAAUCAACCAUGUCUCAUUUUAAAUUGUCCUUUCACUCAAUACGGUCCAAAUAGUGCCAAGUCUUUGAUUUGUUUGACUCCUCUGGAUUUAACCACACAUCCAGAUCAUCUUGAUCGCGAGCUUCUAGAUGAAACAACAAUACCUGACGUCCGCAAAACACUCCAGUUGACCAUUGUUGGACGUACUGAUAAACAAGCUGGUUUCGAAUCAUUCAAUUACAUUGGUAUGAAAUAUCCAUCGAUUGAUAAACCGGUUCUCUAUAAUGCUCGUCGUAUUCGAAAAAAAUUUGCCUGUUCCAAUCGGUUAUUGGGCGGUGAUACUGGUGAAAAAUGCUAUCAUACCAUAACUGCUGAAUAUAACAAUAUUGUAGAGUUACUACUUAUCAAUCACGAUGAUGAUCAACAUCCUCUCCAUUUACACGGUUCCUACUUUCAUAUUGUUGAAUUCGGUCUAGCUCAAUUGAAUUCAACAACUGGUCUCAUCAAAGCUAACAAUCCCAAUGUUUACUGUGACAAACAUGCUCGAUGUUCAUGUACGAAAGAAAAUGGUGCAUGCAAGAAAAAUAAUAUGCGUUUGGUGAAGGAUACAGUGCAGUUGCCCAAAGGAGGAUACAUGAGAAUACGUUUUCGAGCGACGAAUCCCGGUGUUUGGCUCUUCCAUUGUCAUACGGAACCACAUUUAGAUCGAGGCAUGACCAUCAAUAUUCAUAAUCUAUAUUUGAAUAAAAUUGUUAUUGAUUAUGAUACUGAUAAUGAAGGUAAUAAUGAUAAUUUUCAUCAACCACAAGUAUCAUCUUCGUAUGGUAUGUAA